UGAUAAACAGAUGGUUUUGUUAAAGAUAAAUGAGUUAAGACAGCCAAAUGUUUAGAACUGGCAUCUAGUGAGUAUUGCUUGAAAUAUUAGGUAUUGUUUUUAUCAUUACCCUUUGUGUAGAGUCAGUCAAGGAAAGUAGCAUACAGCAUAUUGUGCAUUCUGACCUACCUGUGCCCCGAGUGAUGGGAGAAAGGGCUCAGGCGGGACAGCACAAGGGCAGCACACACCAGUGCUGAGAGAGAGGGGAGUUUGGAAAUAAGGCCAUUACCUUCACUGGUGCUUUUCCAAAGAGUGGACUUGUGCUAUCUUCUUGAUAAACCAGUCUAGUUUUUCCUUAGCUUACCCAGUACCAUUCCAGGAAAAUUCAGUGCAUAUUAAAACCACCAAAAUAUUUUGUUGUUCACAUGUCAAAUGGAAUUCGACUCUGGUGUGGAUGAUCACAAACAAGUUUUCACCUGUGUCAAUUACAUUGCGUGGGAUUUGGGAUAGUGUUUGAGACUGUCCUGCAUCUUGCAGGGUAAUUCAUGUUCUUAUUCCCAGCCGCCCACUAGGAAUGCUGAGUCCUCCCCCUGCCAGCCACCAUGAUGACCAGAAGUGUCCCCUAGUGGGGCAUUUCCUUCCCAGAGAACCAGCCAAGUAAAGCGUUACAGCUUACAGCUUGGAACCCCCAGCUGGCCCAGUCACUGUGGUGGAAGAGCCAGGGUUUGAGCAGCGCGCUUCUCAUGCCCAUUUGUCACUAUUUGUGCUGCCCUGAGCUGCCUGGGAAACACAGGGCUCCAGGCACUGUGCUGGCAGGACCACUGGGAACUGGAGCGGGAGGCUUCUGCUGGGCCCAGCUGCCAGUGCCCGCCUCCCUUGGUGCAUGCUGUUGUGAUGGGAGUCAGGGUGAGGCCACCUUGCGGUGUUCAGUGGGGCACUCUCGGCCCUAGCUAGGCAGCCAGCCUCUCCCUCUCCCCCGUCUUCCUUGGUGGCAGUGGAGCAGGGCUUGGCCCGGCCAAGCCUCAGCUCUGAGCUGGGACAGGGAUGGAUUUGGUGGCUGGUGGGUCAGGCUGCUUAGCUUGGAAGGUGCCACUGGCCUCUUCUCUGGACCAAAGAGGAUGAGGACCAGAAAUCACUUGCUGGUACCCACCGGCUGCUUGGAGCCUACAGAGGCUGGGGAGCAGCAGCAUGCAGCCCGAAGAGGGCACAGCCUGGCUGCUGGAGCUGCUGUCCGAGGUGCAGCUCCAACAGUACUUCCUGCGGCUCCGUGACGACCUCAAUGUGACCCGCCUGUCCCACUUCGAGUAUGUCAAGAACGAGGACCUGGAGAAGAUUGGCAUGGGCCGGCCUGGCCAGCGGCGGCUGUGGGAGGCCGUGAAGAGAAGGAAGGCCCUGUGCAAGCGCAAGUCGUGGAUGAGCAAGGUGUUCAGUGGAAAGCGGCUGGAGGCUGAGUUCCCCCCUCACCACUCCCAGAGCACCUUCCGGAAGCCCUCGCCUACCCCCGGGGCCCCUGCAGGCGAGGGGCCCCUACAGAGCCUCACCUGCCUCAUCGGGGAGAAGGACUUGCGCCUCCUGGAGAAGCUGGGGGAUGGCUCCUUCGGCGUGGUGCGCAGGGGAGAGUGGGAUUCGCCCUCCGGCAAGACGGUGAGUGUGGCCGUGAAGUGCCUGAAGCCUGACGUGCUGAGUCAGCCUGAGGCCAUGGAUGACUUCAUCCGGGAGGUCAACGCCAUGCACUCACUUGACCACCGAAACCUCAUCCGCCUGUACGGUGUGGUGCUCACGCCGCCCAUGAAGAUGGUGACAGAGCUGGCACCCUUGGGAUCCCUGUUGGACCGGCUGCGGAAGCACCAGGGUCACUUUCUCCUGGGGACUCUGAGCCGCUAUGCUGUACAGGUGGCCGAGGGCAUGGGCUACCUGGAGUCCAAGCGCUUUAUUCACCGUGAUCUGGCCGCCCGAAAUCUACUGCUGGCUACCCGUGACCUGGUCAAGAUCGGGGACUUCGGACUGAUGCGAGCCCUGCCCCAGAAUGACGACCACUAUGUCAUGCAGGAACAUCGCAAGGUGCCCUUUGCCUGGUGCGCCCCUGAGAGCCUGAAGACCCGCACCUUCUCCCAUGCCAGCGACACCUGGAUGUUCGGGGUCACAUUGUGGGAGAUGUUCACCUAUGGCCAGGAGCCCUGGAUCGGCCUCAAUGGCAGCCAGAUCCUGCACAAGAUUGAUAAGGAGGGGGAGCGCCUGCCACGGCCUGAGGACUGCCCCCAGGACAUCUACAACGUCAUGGUCCAGUGCUGGGCGCACAAGCCCGAGGACAGACCCACAUUUGUGGCCCUCCGGGACUUCCUGCUGGAGGCCCAGCCCACUGACAUGCGGGCCCUGCAGGACUUUGAGGAGCCAGACAAGCUGCACAUCCAGAUGAAUGAUGUCAUUACUGUCAUCGAGGGAAGAGCUGAGAACUACUGGUGGCGAGGGCAGAACACGCGGACGCUGUGUGUGGGGCCCUUCCCUCGCAACGUGGUGACCUCCGUGGCUGGCCUGUCGGCGCAGGACAUCAGCCAGCCCCUGCAGAACAGCUUCAUCCACACAGGGCACGGGGACAGCGACCCCCGCCACUGCUGGGGCUUCCCUGACCGCAUUGAUGAACUGUACCUGGGGAACCCUAUGGAUCCCCCUGACUUGCUGAGUGUGGAGCUGAGCACCUCCCGGCCCAGCCAGCACCUGGGAAGGCUGAAAAGGGAGCCUCCGCCUCGCCCUCCUCAGCCUGCCAUCUUCACUCCGAAGCCCACUUACGACCCUGUGAGCGAGGACCCAGACGCCCUGGCCAGUGACUUCAAGAGGCUGGGUCUGCGGAAGCCAGGCCUGCCCUGGGGGCUGUGGCUGUCGAAGCCCUCAGCCCGGGUCCCAGGCACCAAGGCAGGCCGUGGUGUCAGUGGCGGGGCUAGCGAGGUCACCCUCAUCGACUUUGGCGAGGACCCCGUGGUCCCUGCCCCUCGGCCCUGCGCACCUUCCCUGGCACAGCUGGCCAUGGACGCCUGCUCCUUGCUGGACAAGACCCCUCCCCAGAGCCCCACACGGGCCCUGCCACGCCCCCUGCACCCCACACCAGUGGUGGACUGGGAUGCACGCCCACUGCCCCCGCCCCCUGCCUACGACGAUGUGGCCCAGGACGAAGACGACUUCGAGGUCUGCUCCAUCAAUAGCACGCUGGUGGGCACUGGGCUGGCCACUGGGCCCUGCCAGGGCGAGACCAACUACGCCUUCAUGCCUGAGCCCGAGCGGUGCCCCCUGGCGCUGGAGGACAACCUGUUCCUGCCCUCCCAGGGUGGGGCCCCACCGCCCAGCUCGGCGCAGACUGCCCAGAUCUUCCAGGCGCUGCAGCAGGAGUGCAUGCGGCAGCUGCAGGUCCCCACGGGCUCUCUGGCCCCCUCACCUGGCCCCGCCAGUGAUGACAAGCCCCAGGUGCCACCCCGGGUGCCCAUUCCCCCAAGGCCCACGCACCCAAGAGUCGAGUUGUCUCCGGCCCCCUCGGGAGAGGAGGAGCUGGGCCGGUGGCCCGGACCUGUGUCCCCUCCUCGGGUGCCUCCCCGGGAGCCCCUGUCCCCACAAAGCUCAAGGACCCCCAGCCCCCUGGUGCCGCCUGGCAGCUCCCCACUGCCACCCCGGCUCUCGAGCUCACCCGGGAAGACCAUGCCUACCACCCAGAGCUUUGCCUCCGACCCCAAGUAUGCAACCCCUCAGGUGAUCCAGGCUCCUGGCCCCCGGGCAGGGCCCUGCAUCCUGCCCAUCGUGCGCGAUGGCCGUAAGGUCAGCAGCACCCACUACUACCUGCUGCCUGAACGUCCUCCCUACCUGGAGCGCUAUCAGCGCUUCCUCCGGGAGGCCUCAAGUCCCGAGGAGCCAGCCCUGCAACCCGUGCCCCUGCUGCCGCCACCGCCCAGCACCCCCGCCCCCGCGGCCCCCACCGCCACCGUGCGGCCCAUGCCCCAGGCCGCCCCCGACCCCAAGGCCAACUUCUCUACCAACAACAGCAACCCUGCUGUCCGGCCACCCACCUCACAGAGGGGCUGCCCGGGGGAUGGGCUGGAGACUGCACGGCAGGCGGAUGAGGUCCAGAUGCUGCAGGCCAUGGUGCACGGGGUGACCACAGAGGAGUGCCAGGCCGCCCUGCAGUGCCACGGCUGGAGUAUGCAGAGGGCUGCCCAGUAUCUGAAGGUGGAGCAGCUCUUUGGGCUGGGGCUACGGCCAAGGCUGGAGUGUCACAAAGUGCUGGAGAUGUUUGACUGGAACCUGGAGCAGGCUGGCUGCCACCUGCUGGGCUCCUUCGGCCCUGCCCACCACAAGCGCUGAGCGGAUCUGGAGACUGAGGGUCUACCCUGAAGGAGUAAGCGAGCUGCUCGUGUGCCAGGGUGGGGAGGGCCUGCCCAGGCCGGAGGACCUGCUGUCGCCCCUUGUUCCCAGCGACGGAGAGGCCCAGGUGGCGGGAGGCCAGUGCCCACCCUGCCCAUCUCCUUCGCCCAGCACUGUCCCUGCUCACUUUGGCUCAGUCCUCAGCGCCCCCGCCCGGAGGUGGGAGGAGCCCUGUGAACCGCCCAGGAUGUCUGAGGCUGGGCCAGGCCCUGCCCAGGGGACCAGACUGAGAGGAAGCCAGUGUGACCCAGCGGGAGACGUGUGCCCACGGAGAGAGGCGCCCGAACCUACAGGCCCUCAUCGAGGCUGAGUGCUGUCCGGGAGCCCUGCAGGCAGUGGGGUCGACAGCAUGUGCCUGUGCCUGCUGUGGACUGGAUGUGUUACAGGGCUCAGCCUAUCUUAGGAUCUUGUGCCUGGAAAUAGCCAGGGUGGCUCAGGAAGUGGAGAAGAGGUGCCGGACCGUUUUCUGGCAGGGACCAGGGCCCAAGGCCCCAGGGUUGGAAGGAGACCAAGGGGCAGCUGCCCUAGAGGAACACCAGUGCUUCCUGUCUGCACCCAGCUCUUCCUCUGUGCGGUUCUGUUUCUCACCAGCCUCUGUGGCCAAAGCUGCUGCCCCAGCUAUCAAUAUCUGCUUCUUCCAGAGAAAUAAAGUUAGUUUCUAUUUUAUGUUA